CACUGAUUAAGGAUUUUAAGCUGCUCCAGAUAAUGUCAGCAGGAACUAUCAAUAGCUUUUUGCGAAAAGCUUUAAAUCUCUCAGACAACGUUUCUCAGCUAUAUUGGUGUGCUUUUUAAAAUCUGCGUGAAUAUUCGCAAAAAGGUGUUGUUUGUACAGCUGAAGUGCUAAUUGCAAAUGAGUGUAUAUAUGUUUAUUAGCCAAAGAAUUGAAAAAUCAUCACCAAAACUUGAUGUGAGCGUUCUAGAUCUGGUGGACAUUCCUAGCAAAAAUUUUGGAUUGUUACCGUUUUUCGGGGGCUGUUCUCAUCAAUAUUUAUAUAAUUUACUGGCAUUUUAAUUAUUUCAUGUAAUGUCUGCUACAAAGCGUCUUGUUUGUUCCAGAAGAAUACCAAUUCCUAUCAGAAGAGCCGACUGACGAUUCACGCCUCAUUCUAAGUUUGUGUGGGUUAAGAGGAACUUAAUCUUGACAAUAGAAGCACAUAGUUGCAUAUCAUCAAAGGCUAGGACUUCUUGAUUUAAAGUUUCUGUCUAUGUUAUCGCGGCUACUCAGAAAGCGAAAGGAUCCAAUAAUGGACAGAGGAUCGUAUUCUGAGUUAAGUCAAACCGACGGAUCCAUCCAAGGCGUUGAACUGGAGGUCAGCAUUUCGCCAUUAGCAGAAUCUCCAGCUGAUGAAUCAUCCACAAGCAACAGGGAUCACGAAAGACGUACCGACUAUGUUCUGGUGUACGAGACUUGCAAAGAGAAAGAUGAAAAGGACGAAGAAUCCAAGAAGGAGGCAGAGGCUCUGGCACAAUCACGGAGAUCUUUUGAAAGACGCCUUCAAAAGAAAGGUUUGAUCCUUCAACAUGAAACUGUCAUUGCAGAGAAGGAACCUGAAGUACAACGCCAUUUUGUCUUGAUCCACGCCCCUUGGGAACUAUUAGCCAGCCGCGCCGAAGAUAUGAAAUUGAAGGUACCUCUCCAGCCCAGUGAUGUGGAGUUUACCUCAUGGCCUCAAUCUUUCUGUGGACGUGAUCGAUUAGAGAAAAUGGCCAGCUGGAAUCCCUUGAUCAUUCAUGAUGCCACGGUUAGAGAAAAAGCUGAUAAUUUUAUGGGUCGUUUCGAUAAAGAGCAUCUGACAACGUACAUGAAUCAUGAAGACAAGGAAAUGUUCUUUCCCACCGUGGAUAGAAUGCACAUUGUCUAUCAGAUACUGCAGAACACCCGAUUUGCACAAGAUCCACACUGCCUUGGACUGAAGAGGCUUGUCUUGGAUGGAGCCUACAUCGCACACUAUCCAUUGCACGAAGGUACAGAAAAACUAGGCGAUGGGGAUUUUCCAGUCAAUGAUCGGCAACGCUUGAAGAGAGAUUGGGCUCGACUGGGCCGAUGUUUCAAGUACCAACCCUACGAUGCCAUUAAGGAUUACUUUGGUCACGAAAUUGGCCUGUACUUCGCCUGGCUUGGAUUUUACUCCGCGAUGCUGAUUCCACUCGCAAUCGUUGCUUUGAUCGUGUUCUUGUACGGCAUAAUAACAACAGGCUCCCACGCCCCUGUACAAGACAUAUGUGAUGAAAGGAACGACGGUGUUUGGUACAUGUGUCCAUUGUGCGAUCGGCAGUGCAGUUACUGGAAUUUGGCUCCAACGACCUGUCUUUACGCUUACGUCACGAAUGUCUUUGAUAACGAUGCUACAGUUAUUUUGGCGCUUGCUGCAUCCAUUUGGGCCACGCUCUUUCUUGAGUUUUGGAAACGUCGGGAGGCUUCUUUGGCAUCCGAAUGGCACACCUCGGACUUUGAAGAAGAAGAGGAACCACUUCGUCCAGAGUAUGUUAAGAGCCUGACAGAAGAAGAAAGGAAUCCUUUCAAGCCAGAUCCAGGGACUGGGAAGAUUGUGUAUAGAGCCUCUAAGAUGAAGCAGUAUCGUCGCUAUGCCACAGUUUUCAGCGUGGUUGCUUUCAUGAUAUGUUUGGUGAUAGCUGCAAUCAUCGGUGUGGUGGUGUUCCGAGCAGCAACCUUCGCCAUUCUCAGUAGCAACCCAGACCGUGUUAUCCAGAAGCGUGCUCGUAUACUGACAACUGGCUUUGCUGCCUGCAUCAAUCUUGUGGCCAUCACGGCACUGAAGUACGCAUACAACAAGCUGGCCGUUUGGUUAACCAACUGGGAGAAUCCUGCAACUCGUAGUGCUUAUGAAGACAGUUUCACGUGGAAGAUGGCCUUGUUUCAGUUUGUCAACACCUUUGCCUCAAUUAUCUACAUCGCAUUCUUCAAGUCACAGUCAAUUGUGGGAUCUCCGGGAAGAUACAGACGAAUUUUAGGCAAGUACCGACAAGACGGAUGUAGUGAACAAGGUUGCUUCUUGGAGCUCUGCAUCCAGAUCGCGAUCAUUAUGGUUGGACAACAGAUUAUUGGCAACGUUAUUGAAGUUGGCAUACCAUCGUUUCAGUUGUGGUUGAAACGGAGGAAGGCAGGAGAUUCUGGUGACCGUCCGCAAUACGUUAAGGACCAUGAACUGAGCGAAUUGGAGGAUCACUACCUGUUCUGGGACUACCUGGAAAUAGUCCUCCAGUACGGCUUUGUGACUAUGUUUGUGGCAGCCUUUCCACUCGCACCAAUCUUCGCUCUUAUUAACGCGGUUUUGGAAAUCCGAGUGGAUGCCAUCAACUUCGUGUGUUAUCACCGACGGCCCAGAGCCGUUCGAGUUGAAGACAUAGGGGCGUGGCACGGUGUUCUCGCGGCAGUGACCAAGAUUGCGGUGCUAAUGAACGCUUUCAUUUUGGCAUUCACCUCGGAAUUCAUCCCUAAGCUCGUAUACAAGUAUAUGUUUGCACCGGACCGAAACUCUCCUGGAGGAGGAACUUUAAAGGGAUACAUCAACAACAGUCUCGCUUAUAUUGAUCUCAAAACACUUUACGCGUGGGAGCCUGGAACAGAACCUAUGGACCCUACUGCGAACGUGAACUACACAAGAGAGUACUGCAGGUAUUCUGGCUACUUUGACAGCACAUAUCCAUAUAAUCGCUCUAAAGAAUACUGGAAUGUGGUUGCUGCCAGACUCGCUUUUGUGGUGGUCUUCCAAUUUCUUGUCUACUCCAUAACCAGCUUGAUAGCCUGGGCUGUCCCGGAUGUCCCUGAGAACCUGAAGUUCAAACAAGAAAGAGAAAGACAAGUGGUGAAAGAGAAGUUAGGAGUUCCUAGUGACGACGAUGAUAGUGGCGAGGAUGGGGAGAAUGACGCAGACAAAACGACCGAUGACGUAGCCCUUGUUUCUGCCAUCUAACUAAAGCAGUUUAUAAAAACAACAAUUCAUAUCUAAAUUUGUUUUAAAACAUAAAUUUAGCCCCGUGAGAAAAGUAUUUCUACAUAUAUUUAGCUAUAGAUUUAUAUGCAAUUAUCAAACUAGUAUUAAGAAGCUAUUAACCGUAGACAAAGAAUCUCUAGUGUAUAAGCUGGAUCAGGCUUUGGCAGGACUUUCGCACAAAAUGUCCUUUAAGUUAUGGACUCGCGCAUGAAAUUAUUAAGGGUGAUUAAACUAGGUGGCUUGGUAUAAAGUCAUGUUUCAAAUUAAUUAAUUUGCGUCCUUGAAAAAGUAAAUGAUCGUCAUGCUCUCGUUGUGGAAGUAACACGUAUUGAAAGCCAUCGUAAUCUAGCAUGCUUGGUCUGGAUGAUAUAGAUUUGUUCUAUUAGAAAAAAUCAAUAUUACAUAUAUCACUUUGUAAAAGGACUCUAUAGGAUAAUUUCGUCGACUAUGUCAUGUCUUUGUGAAGAAUCAGCCUUUGAUAUCAAUACAAGAAUUGUAUCAAAAUGGAUGAAUGUGAACCAUGAUUAUUCCUUCGUGUGUCAGAAUUUCAAGCCGAAUCUGCGUAACCAGAGGAAAAAAAUCGACGCUGUAAAAGCGUUGGGAGCUCCAGGCUGCGAAAGAGGCAAGGAAAAGAGGGCUUAUCGGCAGUCUAUAGAAAAUGUUAAAAACAAGUCAACUGAAUAUU